AUGCAGCCCAUCUACGUCAAGGCCCCCCUCUCCGGCAAAUCGCGGUUCUUGCUCUUCGCCGCCUCACCUCCCGACCUUGGACCGUCCCUUUUCCGCUAUCCCGACGAGAGGAUGGCCCUAUCUGGAACGACCGUCUUCCCCUGGGAAUGUCGGGAUAAGGAGGACCAAGCGAGGGCCUCGUACGAGCACCCUCUCCGCCACACCAACCAUGUCUUGGUCGAGGAGAACACGAGGCUCAAGCGAAUCCUGCGAGAGAACGGCAUCUCGUGGUCGCCCAUAGCCCAGGCGCAUUUGCAGCAGGUGAAUCCGGCGCUGCGGAGAACCAGGUCGGCCAAGGCUGCCCACGCCCACGACUCCGCCCGCCCCGCCCUGCCCACCGAGGUGAUCCUGCGGAUUCUCAAGUUCGCCAUGACGAGUCCUGCUCCCAUCAUCGACCCGCUGAGCCCCCUCGUCGGCGAGAACCUGUCGGACGAGGAGAGGCUUCGGGGCAACCAAAUCGCCAUCCACUUCCUCGCCACCUGCAAGGCCCUCCACGUCGAGGGCACCCGCUACCUAUGGGAAUGCAACAGCUUUACCUUCACAACCCCCCAGGCGCUGCGCAACUUUGCCGAGCUGGGCGCCGAGUUUCGCCAGAGGAUCACCCACGUCAACCUGCGCGUCGUUGCCCGAUACUUUGACGACCAACGCCGCAAGCACAAGCUCGAACGCUACUACCACGCGGACCUGAAGAGAGACCAGGUCCUCAAGGUCCAGCUGCGACCGAGGGAACCGCCGCUCGUCCGCGGCGGCUUCCGGUGCUACACCUGGACCCAGAUCGUCGACUUCCUCGUCGCCCUACGCGCCCCCUACGACCCUGCCCACCGCUUCCGAAGCGACCUGAAUCCCAGGCCCCGUCUUCUCCCCGCCCUCGGUUCCGUUCGACUCGACCUCAUCAACUUUUCCGACACCCUGCUGCCCUUUUCCGGAUCCGAACUCCACGACAUCGCCAGUCAUGAGCUCGGCUGUACCCUCAACGAGCUCCGGGUGACGGGCAUGCCCUUCGACGACGCCGGCAUGAAAGCCUCGGCCGAGCUGAGCGGCAUGCUCAAGGACGAGGGCCUCUACCUCGACGGACCUGCCGCCUUCGUGGCCCACGCGAAGCACCUGCAGCCCCUGUCCGGCAAGAAGUGGUGCGCUCGCGUCAUCCGCGCCUGGAUAGGGGACCCUUCGGCCUCGGACGUCGAUGACAUGGCCGACGACGACGCCAACGGUCACCUGGCUCAUUUCAGCGGUGGCUAUCACCCGAGGCUGGGUGCUCUCCCUCCGGCCCCGGCAGAGGAGGACCAUCCGCCGUCGACUCGGGACGAAGACUCCGUUAUCUGGAAGCGAGUCUUGAGCUCUCGGGAUGGUGUCGAGCGUGAGUGGGUCCAGUUCUCACGAUUCAGUGGUUACGAGAUCACCGAUUCGGACUAUGACUCGGAAGAUGAAGGAAUCUGCCCUUGCUGCGGAGAAACCCACCCAGGCUCGUCCUUUCUCGAGUUCAUGAUGGACGACGUGGUGGACUGA